CAGACGAACGUUAAGUUUCCAGGAGAAAAUAAGUUGUUUACAAGUAGAUAUCUGGACCACAAAAACGACGAUUGAAGAAAAAAGACAUUGGAAUGAGAUGUCUUUCCAACCAGAAAAGAGAAAAUCCUUGUCAGAUAGGUUUGGUUGUAUACCAUCAGUAGGUCAUGGCCAGCAAAAUGACAGUCAGAUUUUUUCAAAAAGUUGGAAAAGUUCUAGCUCAGGACAAAAAAAUAGCUCCUUUACAAACAGUUAUUCAAGAAAUGAAAAGAAAGAUCCUAAAAACACUCUUACAGUUUGUUUGAAAGUUAAUCGUCAGAAUAGAGAUAACAGUUAUGUGAAUCGUCCAUGUCAACCUCUACGUAUGGAAUGUCGUGACAAACCAUCGGAAAUAACAAAGCAGUUUUCAAGAAAUGGAUCUCAGGACAGUAAAGAAAAUAACAGUGUCAACUUCAAUCAUGGUUAUGGACGUCAAGUUUCUGUAAAAGACACUUGUGUCAAUGGCGAGUUGAGAAAUAGUCAUGACCAAUCUCUUAGGCAUGAAAUUGGUAUUACGGGUCAAACCUUGCCACUAAAUCGGAUAGAAUAUAAUCAUUCUUCAAGGGAGGCUUCUUCCUUGUUGAAAACUCCUCCCAAAUUUAAUGGUAAUAACUCAAUACUCAAUCAUUGUGAACAAUUAGACUGGGCAAGAACUUCACCUCAGUUUGUUGGUAAUUAUUCAAAGGGUUCUGCUUUCCAAAAUGAAAGAUAUAAUCAGUCCGAGCAAGAAGGUAUUGCAAAGAUUGAUAGAAAUGCUCCAGUGACAAAUUCUUUUAGACAAGGUGGAUAUUGUAAUCAGUUUCCAGGGCAGGUAGCAACUGUACCCCCUUCAAGUAUGAAUAGAAAGUCUCCAUACUUCGAAAAAAGUAACAGUACUGAUAAUAACAAGGACACAAAUAGAGCAUUUUUUAACACUAGUCCACAAUUUUCUGGCAAUUUCAAUAGUACAAGACAAACUGCACCUGAUGAGACACAGUUACAAAAUAGCCAUGCUGGUUCCCGAUUCAACAGCAGUCCUGGAUUCAUCCAAAAUACAAAGUCUCAAACGAGCAAUCAAGGGUAUGCUCAGCAUCAACCACAACAUACACAGUCUCAAGCGAGCAAUCAAGGGUAUGCUCAGCAUCAACCACAACAUACACAGUCUCAAGCUAACAAUCAAGGGUAUGCUCAGCAACAACCACAACAUACACAGUCUCAAGCUUACAAUCAAGGGUAUGCUCAGCAUCAACCACAACAUACACAGUCUCAAGCUAACAAUCGAGGGUAUGGUCAGCAACAACCAAAACCUUUCAUCAACAGCAACAUCAGAGAUCCAAGGAGUCCAGGAUUUUUACAAAAUGAUCUAUGUAAUGUCAGAUCUUUUCAAAAUGCUCAUGAAAAUCAUGGUUUUUAUGGAAAUGAGUUGACACCAAGCUGUUUAAGCCAAAAUAAAAGUCUAGUGGACAGGAAUAAGAAUUUUAUAGAUAAUUGCAACUUUAACAUACAUAAUCAAAAUGCAGUGCCUCAACAUGGACCAUAUGGAUUGAUCAACAUUGUAACACCUGAGAAACCUCCUGUUCAGGUCAACAAAGGCCCUAUUGGCUCUAAACAACAUGCAUUUAUUCAUCAGGGGCAACAGCAAAUGACACCUGCAGUCUGUGAAAAUAGGUCAAAUAAUGGUCACAACAGUCCUACUUUUAGUUCAGACAGUGAAAUGUCUCUUGAUUCUAAUGUUGUAUGUGAAUCGUCAGGCCAAGAUUUGAAGGAGAAAAUCAAGCCAACUGGGUUCUAUAAUGAUGUAGAAGAGUUGACAAAAAAGUUUUUUGGAAAAUGUGAAAAAUUAACAAAAACAUCUGAAGAUCAGAAAACAUUGGAGAAGAUUAAUACGCAACUCCAUACAGAAAUUAUAACUGCUUUAAAUAAUUGUAACCAAAAUACUAUAUCUCCAGAUGCUUCGGAAAGGGGAGAAGAAAUAGAACAGACUGAAAAUAAAACAUAUCAGCAAGAUGGGAUGUCUCCAAAAUUAGUCAUUGAUGAAAGUGGAAGGGAAGGGGGAAAUAGUCAACAAGAGAGGAACAUUUCAGAAGAAAUUACAUCUGAUGAAAUGAAAUUUGAAGGGAGGACAUUGUUAAAAGGUGGUGUGAAACCCAGACAUGUUCCAAAAAUGUUGAUCGACAAGCCAGGACUGGGUCCACCAAAUGACAGAAGAACAGUUUAUUUGACUUGUAGAAAUUUAUUGGAAUUGCCAUUGCCCAAGUGGGCAGCUGAAGCUCUUGGAAAAAAUGUUUUGGAACAUGAUAUUACAAAUGGACAUAAUAAAGAGAGUAAACCCUCCAAGACUUCUUGUAAAGCUAAAAAAAAAACAGUAGAAACAAAUAAACUUGAGAAAAGGUUAACAGAAAUAUUUAAUGUAAAAGAUGGAGAGAAGAAAGGUAUUGAAACAAAGGUGAAUCAGAAAUCUGAGAACAUUAAAUUAAAUAGCCAAGAUCAGAAAAAAUCGUCUCACACAAAAAAAAUAACAGAUUCAAAAGAUGUAAAAAAUUCUUCGUCAGACCAAACAAAGAAAAUUCAGCCGUCUAAAGAUUCAAAGAGGCCUGUAUCUAAUGAAAAUUAUAAAUCCAAUAAGAAAGUUAAAACAAGUGAUAGAGUGGAUUUGACUUUAGGGGGAGCUCUUCUUGCAAAACAGAAAGUAAACAAUCCUGUUAAGCAAAAACAAGUAGAAAAAGAACCAAUUAAUAUUUCCACUUCAUCCAAUGGGUCCAGAGAUAAUUCAAGGUCAAGAGAUAAUUCAAGGUCUAGGAUGUCAAGGUCGAGAGAAAGUUCAAGGUCUCGUAAUAGGUCAAGAUCAAGAGACAGACUUUCAUGGAAAACAAACAAAUAUUCAGAUUCGCAAUACAAGCGUACUGAACAGAACAGUUACAGAUCGAGGUCACGUGAUGUUCGUAAUCGUUUACCUGUAAGCAGUGGGAAAAAAUGUAAUACCAAGCAUGGAAUUGACCGAGCAGUUGAAAAUGUUACAGCAACUAUUAAAAGUAUUAUUGGCAAAGACUUUAACUGGCCUUAUAAUGAAAGUGAUGAUAAAAGUUUUGACAUGUAUGAUUUCAGGGGAUGUGAUGAUAUUGGUAGCUAAAAUGAUGAAAAACUGAAUUUGAAUUAAUGUUAACUGUAAGCAGCAUACAGUAAAUAAGUUUGAUAUACAGUUUAGUACUCUAAAAAUGCAUUUCCAGAAAAGGACAAAAGUUAUAUUUUUAAAGGAUGAAAGGAGAGGAUUGAAAAGAAAAGUCUUGUGGACAGAUAUUAUUAGUUUGCAUUCAUUGUCUGUAGCCCAUUUAUCAUUGUUAGAAAAGGGUCAACUCGUUUGUCAUUCUCCUUCAAAUGCAUAAACAUGUUGUGUUAUUUGUUUUAAGUUCAAACUGAAGGAUUAAAAUCUAAAACAUGGCCCCUUAACAUUGUGAAUAAUUAUGUUAGAAGUUAGAAAACAAUUUGUAUGCCUAAAUAGUAUGGGGCAUUAUAUGCUUACCAAUCUGUACCUCCUUUAGUCAGUCCAUCCUGUAUUAAGGUAAAGGUAUUUGACCCCAUCCAAUGUACAGAAGUAUAUUUGUUCAACCCUAAGAAAUUGUUCCCCUUUUUUUAUACGCCCGUUUACAGGAUGUAUUAUGGUAUACCGUUGUCUGUCGUCAACAUAUCGGACAUUAACUCAAAAGCACUUUAACCGAUUUGCAUAAAACUUUGGGGAAUUGUUUAUAUCUAUUUACAUGAGCUCCCUUUCGUUUUUUAUAAAUUUCAGAUUUUACGUUUCCGAGUUAUGGGGGUUAAUUUCAUUAAAAAAAGGGGGAUUUUUCAGUUUUCGGACAAUAACUCAAAAAUGCUUUCACCAAUUUGCAUGAAAUUUUGGUGAAUUGUUUAUAUCUAUUGACAUGAGCUCCCUUUUGAUUUUUAUAAAUUUUAGAUUUUUACGUUUCUGAGGUACGGGGUUUUAUUCAUUAAAAAAAAGGGGGAUUUUCCAGUUUUCGGACAAGAACUCAAAAAAUCUUUAAGCAGGUCUUGUGAAACUUUGGUGAAUAGUUUAUAUCUAUUGACGUAAGCUCCUGUUUGAUUUUUGUAAAUUUUAGAAUUUACAUUUCUGAGUUAUGGGGUUUUAUUCAAUAAAAAAGGGGGGAUUUUCCAGUUUUCGGUCAAUAACUCAAAAAUGCUUUCAGGAGAUCUUAUGAAACUUUGGUGAAUUGUUUAUAUCUAUUGAUGUAAGUUCCCUUUCGAUUUUUACAAAUUUCUGAUAUGACAUUGAGAAGUUAUUGAACUUUAUUCUUUGAAAACGUGACGGGCAUAUCAUGCGCUCAUGGCGCAGCUGUUUAUUAAAGUCUUUUCCACAAAAGAACAUAUUUCUUGUAUCUGUAAUAGGUCUCCCUUUGUCUUGAUUUUAUCGAAACAUUCACAUAUUUUUUCUUUCAUGUUAACCGUCCUAUAUUUUUUCGAUCCAGAAGAUUUUGUGGUUUCCCAUAAGCUAAGCAUUCACUUUUCAAAAUUGAUAUAUUCAAAUGGAAGAGAGGAAGAGGGGUUUUAUUUUGAUUAUUCUGAUUUCAGUCUUCCUUCUUUUAA